GUCUUUGGAUUUAUAAAGCUGAUUGCCCGCAGGAUAAUAUCAUAUCAACUGUCAAGUUUAGCAGCAUCGGUUACUCACUGCCAUUAUGAAGCUCGUUAUAGCUGGAGGUUUAUUUUUCAUCUUUCUCCUUGCUGAAGUGAAGUCAAUGACACUGACUCCACUGUAUGGCUAUGCUCAUUCCCAGUAUGGUGUUCAUUAUUACACUCUCAAUGCCUCUGUCAUUGGAUAUGGCACUCCUGCAGGACUAGUGGGUCGACAUAGUUACAGGUCAGAGGGAAUAACUUGCCUCAUGGAAACAGAACAAUUAGGAGUUCCACUGCAUCAUUAUCAGAAACAUGGCGGAAACUUGUAUACAACAAAUACAACAGAAGCUGACAAUAGUUACACUUAUCUGGGAAAAGUUGGAUAUUGUUAUCGUACACAAGAGACUCACACAGUCCCUCUUUAUCGAUACAAGAAAACCGUGUAUAAUAUUCUUGAUCACUAUUACACAACAGAUGCUAAUAAGAUUGGUCUUGUGACUCCUGGCACUACUGGAAACAAUGGAUACACUUAUGAAGGAGUUGCUUGCUUUGUGUACAAUGUCAAGUAUCAUUGAGAACUCUCAAUUAGUUUAUGAUUGCAGAUUUGCACUUUAACAAUUGAUAAUAACUAUUUUUAGCAAUUAUUAUUAAUUUUAGCAAUAGUCA